GAUGACUCAGUGUGAACAAGAAUUCAAACACAAUCAAGGCAAAUCAUCUUUGUCAUCGGUAAAAUGUUCCCCACGUGUCCACAAACCCUUUUCAUCUUCUUCAUUUUCUCCAACUCUUGUUCAGGCACUGAGUCCACUUGCAUCAACUGUGCCGCAUAUGUCCAAACGUGGGGCAUCACCUCUCACAGAUAGUCCUUACAGAUCACCUUUUUCAGAUAAGGCUUCUAGCCCGAGAUCAAGCCAGGAAGGUCUAAAGGAUUCUAAGACCCCAAUGGUUAAUAUGAGGUUUUCAAAUAUCAACGCUCUGCAUCACCAUAAAGCAUCUACGAACUCCAAAAAAAAUGUAUCCG